AUGACGGUCCCGCGGAUGGGAGGGUACGAGAGGCGGGACCAAAGUCUUCCCUGCAUCUCGGUGCUGGCGAGUACGGGACUAGGGCUGGAGAGAUCGCCGGGGAGCAUCGUCACCACUCCUGCACGGAGCCUAGCCUGGCCAAAUACUGCACGGUGCACACGUCGGGAUUGCAAAACAUUCCUGAGAAAUAUACCUGCUAUUUAUGGCAUGUGGCUGGUAACUUUACUCCUGCUGUAUUCUUUUCAAGAAGUGCACAGCGAGGAUGUGGUCUCGACGCGGCUGUACUUUGUGAAUGCUUCCCUGCAGAGAGUGACCUUCUCCAGCUCAGUGGGGGUGUCCCUGCCCUGUCCUGCGGGUGGCGCCCCCCAUGCCGUCCUCCGCUGGUACCUGGCCACUGGCGACGACAUCUACGACGUGCCACACAUCCGCCACGUUCACGCCAACGGCACGCUGCAGCUCUACCCCUUCUCCCCGUCUGCCUUCAACAGCUUCAUUCAUGAUAAUGACUACUUCUGCACUGCCGAGAACCAGGCCGGCAAGAUCCGCAGCCCUAGCAUCCGUGUCAAAGCAGUGUUCAGGGAACCAUACACGGUUCGCGUGGCGGACCAAAGGUCAAUGCGGGGCAACGUGGCCGUCUUCAAGUGCCUCAUCCCCUCUGCUGUGCAGGAGUACGUCAGUGUGGUGUCCUGGGAGAAGGACACGGUCUCUAUCGUCCCAGGUAACAGGUUUUUCCUGACGUCAUAUGGGGCCCUCUACAUAUCUGACGUUCAGAAAGAGGAUGCCCUCUCUACCUACCGCUGCAUCACCAAGCACAAAUACAGUGGAGAAACAAGGCAGAGCAACGGGGCUCGUCUUUCUGUGCUGGACCCCACUGAGUCCACGCCUUCUGUGAUGGAUAGUUUCCAGUCAGGAGAGGUACAAGUGGGACGCAGCAUAGAGUUGCCCUGCAUUGCAUCCGGUUACCCCAACCCCACCAUCCGUUGGCUAAAAGAUGGGAGGCCACUUCCUGCAGAUUCCCGCUGGACACGGCGACUGACCGGCCUAACAAUCAGUGACCUCCGCCUAGAGGACUCUGGAAACUACAUAUGUGAAGUCACCAACAGCUUUGGCUCCAAAGAGGUCACAGGACACCUUAAUGUCAUUGAGCCUCUGAGAGUCACAUUAUCUCCCAAGAACUUGAAAACCGGCAUUAGCAGCACAGUGAUUCUGUCCUGUGCCGUUCAGGGCUCACCCCACUUUACCGUCUCCUGGUUCCGCAACACAGAACCCAUUGUGCCUGACCAGCAUUUCUCCAUACAGGGAGCCCACAAUGAGACACUCUUCAUCACGGCGGCCCAGAAAAGACACUCAGGGGCAUAUCAGUGUUUUGCCACCCGCAAGGGUCAAACCGCACAAGAUUUCUCCAUCAUACUGCUUGAGGACGGCACCCCAAGGAUUGUCUCGUCUUUCAGUGAACGUGUGGUAGCCCCUGGCGAGCCCUUCUCUCUCAUGUGUGCAGCCAAAGGUGCCCCUCCACCUACCAUCACCUGGACACUGGAUGACGAGCCGGUAGCGCGGGACUCGGCGCACCGGGCCAGCCAGUACACGCUCUCCGACGGCUCCACUGUCUCACAUGUCAACGUCACCAACCCCCAGAUUCGCGACGGGGGCGUGUACCGCUGCGCCGCACGCAACUCGGCCGGUAGCGCCGAGUACCAAGCGCGCAUAAACGUAAGAGGUCCUCCCAGUAUCCGUGCUAUGCGGAACAUCACAGCUGUGGCCGGACGCAACACAUUCAUUAAUUGUCGUGUGAUUGGGUACCCUUAUUACUCCAUCAAGUGGUAUAAAGAUGGGAUGCUGUUGCCAGACAACCAUCGCCAGGUUGUAUAUGAGAACGGCACUCUGAAGUUGAGUGAUGUGCAGAAGGGCAUGGAUGAAGGGGCGUAUCUGUGCAGUGUGCUCAUCCAACCCCAGCUCUCCAUCAGCCAGACUGUCUAUGUCACAGUCAAAGUUCCUCCCCUUAUCCAGCCCUUUGACUUCCCUCCCACCUCCAUCGGUAAGCUGAUGUACAUAGCCUGUGUGGUGUCCUCCGGAGACAUGCCAAUCCGGAUCACCUGGAGGAAGGAUGGGCAGGAGAUUGUGUCGGGAACAGCAGGAGUCACUAUUGAAACCAAGGAGUUCAUGAGUUCCCUUCAGAUAUCCAAAGUUUCACUCAAGCACAAUGGAAACUACACCUGUAUUGCCAGCAAUGACGCAGCAACUGUCAGUUCAGAGAGACAACUAAUAGUAACAGUUCCCCCUCGUUUUCGGGUUCAGCCUAAUAACCAGGAUGGUAUCUACGGCAAGUCAGAGGUUCUAAACUGCUCUGUUGAAGGGUACCCUCCUCCUAAAGUUGUUUGGAAACAUGCCAAAGGUAUAGGAAACCCCCAGCAGUACCAUCCGGUUCCACUGACAGGUCGUAUUCAAAUCCUAUCCAAUGGUUCUCUGCUGAUCCGCCAUGUUCUAGAAGAAGAUCGGGGAUACUACCUGUGUCAGGCCAGCAAUGGAGUGGGAUCCGACAUCAGCAAGAGCAUGAUGCUUACCGUUAAAAUUCCAGCUAUGAUCACAUCUCAUCCAAACACCACCAUGGCCAUAAAGGGACAGAACAAGGAGUUAAACUGCACUGCCCGGGGUGAGUACCCCAUCAUCAUCCGAUGGGAGCGAGGUGACACCGUUAUAGACCCUGACCGCAACCCUCGCUACUCCAUCACCACCAGCCCCAAUGAGAAGAGCGAUGAAGUUAUCUCCACACUAAAACUGAAGCCAGCAGAGCGUGGGGAUUCCGUCUUUUUCUCUUGCCACGCCAUCAACUCAUACGGCGAGGGUCGAGGGCUCAUCCAGCUGACAGUGCAAGAACCCCCUGACCCUCCAGAGCUUGAGGUUCGAGAAGUCAAAGAUCGUAGUAUGAACCUGAGGUGGACACAGCGGUUUGACGGCAACAGCAUAAUCACCAGCUAUGACAUAGAGUACAAGAACAAAUCCGACCCGUGGGAGCUGAAACAUGCCACCCGUAAGAUCUCACCCACCAACAACCAAGCCAACAUAGUAGAGCUCCACCCAGCGUCAGUCUACAGCAUCCGCAUGUACUCCUACAACAAGAUCGGACGCAGUCAAGCCAGCAAAGAGCUGACCAUCAGUACAGAAGAAGCACCUCCUGAUGGCCCACCCAUGGAAGUGAUUUUACAGCCAAUGACUUCUCAAAGUAUCCGCGUCACCUGGAAGGCACCUAAGAAAGAGCUCCAGAAUGGAGUGAUUCGAGGCUAUCAAAUUGGUUAUAGGGAGAACGGACCAGGCAGUAAUGGACAGUACAGUAUAGUGGAGAUGAAAGCCACGGGUGACAGUGAGGUGUACACUCUGGAUAACUUGAAAAAGUUCGCUCAGUAUGGUGUAGUGGUCCAGGCCUUCAACCGAGCUGGAACUGGACCUUCCAGCUCUGAGAUCAAUGCCACAACACUUGAAGACGUUCCCAGCCAGCCACCGCAGAAUGUGCGGGCCAUAACGGUGACAUCGGAUGAGGCAGUGAUCACAUGGUCUGAGCCCCCAAGGAUGACCCUGAAUGGGGUUCUGAAGGGCUACCGUGUGGUGUUCUGGUCCCUCUACCCCGAUGGAGGUGGGUGCUGUGGGGGCCAGACACUGGGGCUCAACCAGAAAUGGGGAGAGAUGCAGAACAUCACUACCACUCGUGAGCAGGUGGAACUGAAGGGGCUGGAGAAGUUCACAAACUACAGCAUUCAGGUCCUGGCCUACACACAGGCAGGAGAUGGAGUCCGUAGCAACGUUCUCUACAUACAGACCCGAGAAGACCACCCUGGUCCUCCAGCAGGCAUCAAAGCAGUGCCAUCUUCUGCCAGCAGUGUGGUGGUAUCCUGGCUUCCCCCCGUCAAGCCCAAUGGUAUUAUCCGAAAAUACACCAUUUACUGUUCCAGCCCAGGAUCGGGCCAACCGGCACCCAGUGAAUACGAAGCCAACCCUGAGCUGUUGAUAUACAGAAUCACCCACCUGACCCGGGGUCAGCAGUAUCUGAUCUGGGCGGCUGCCGUCACCACUGCUGGUCGGGGCAACAUCAGCGAGAAGGUGACUGUGGAGCCUGCUGGGAAAGCUCCUGCUAAAAUCCUGUCUUUUGGUGGAACUGUGACCACUCCAUGGAUGAAGGAAGUCCGGCUGCCAUGCAGCUCUGUGGGAGAGCCAACACCAACAAUCAAAUGGACCAAAGACAGUGAGGACACUGCAAUCCCAGUCACUCAGGAUGGUCACCGGAAUAUUCUUUCAAAUGGUACCCUGGUGCUACGCUCUGUGAAAGCCGAGGAUUCAGGGUACUACACCUGCACGGCCACUAACACGCUGGGAUUUGACACAAUCAUCGUGAACCUGCUGGUACAAGUGCCUCCAGAUCAACCACGUUUGACCGUUUCCACCACAUCCACAUCUUCUAUCACUCUGGCUUGGAUUCCUGGAGACAACGGAGGAAGCUCCAUCAGAGGUUUCGUGCUGCAAUAUUCAGUAGACAACACUGAGGAGUGGAAGGAUGUUUUCAUCAGCUCCAGUGAACGAUCUUUCAAGUUGGACAACCUACGCUGUGGUACCUGGUACAAGGUUAAACUGGCUGCAAAAAACAGCGUGGGAGCCGGUCGCAUCAGUGAGAUCAUUGAAGCCAAGACUCACGGCAGAGAGCCGCAAUUCAAUAAGGACCAGCCCCUCUUCACUCACAUCAACUCCACUCAUGCCCGCAUGAACCUGCAGGGCUGGACGAGCGGUGGCUGCCCCAUCACUGCUGUCCUGCUAGAGUUCCGCCCCAAAGGCACCUGGGCCUGGCAGAGUGUGCGCACCAAUGCCUCGGCAGACAUCUUCCUCGCCGAGCUGCGUGAGGCCACCUGGUAUGAGCUGAAGAUGAAGGCCUGCAACAGCGCCGGCUGUGGAAACCAGAGCUCCCAGUUUGCCACUCUGGAUUAUGAUGGCAGCACAAUUCCGCCUAUUAAGUCAGCGCGAGGGGAAGGGGAUGAUGUUAAAAAGCUUUUCUCUAUCGGCUGUCCUGUCAUCCUGGUCACAUUGGGUAUGGCUCUGCUCUUUAUUAUCCGCAAGAAACGCAAGGAAAAGAGACUCAAAAGACUCAGAGAUGCGAAGAGCUUGGCUGAGAUGCUUAUCAGCAGUAAGAACAAUAGAAGUUUUGACACUCCAGUAAAAGGCCCACCUCAGGGACCCCGACUACACAUUGAUAUCCCACGCGUGCAGCUACUUAUUGAGGAUAAAGAGGGAAUCAAACAAAUAGGCGAAGACAAGGCCACCAUCCCUGUGACCGACACAGAGUUUAGCCAAUCAGUAAACCCUCAGAGCUUCUGUACGGGCGUGUCUGUGCAUCACCCCGCCCUCAUCCAGAACACAGGCCCUUUGAUUGACAUGUCGGAUAUCAGGCCAGGCACCAAUCCAGUAUCGAGGAAGAGUGUGAAAUCUGCGCACAGCACAAGAAACCGCUAUUCAAGCCAGUGGACUCUGACUAAAUGCCAGGCAUCCACACCUGCUCGCACUCUCACCUCCGACUGGCGGACAGUGGGCUCACAGCAUGGCAUUACGGUUACAGAGAGUGACAGCUACAGUGCCAGUUUGUCCCAGGACACAGAUAAGGGGCGUAAUAGUAUGGUGUCUACAGAAAGUGCGUCUUCCACAUACGAGGAGUUAGCCAGAGCAUACGAACAUGCUAAGCUGGAGGAGCACCUACAACAUGCCAAGUUUGAGAUUACAGAGUGCUUCAUUUCCGAUAGCUCUUCUGAUCAGAUGACCACUGGCACCAAUGAUAACGCAGACAGCAUGACCUCUAUGAGCACGCCAUCUGAACCUGGAAUCUGUCGCUUCACUGCCUCUCCGCCCAAACCCCAGGAUUAUGACCGUGGCAAAAACGUGGCAGUGCCCAUUCCCCAUCGAGCCAACAAGAGUGAGUACUGUAACCUCCCCCUAUACAUGAAGACGGACCCUUUCUUCCGAAAACAGGCAGAGCUGCACGAUCCCUGCCCGGUGGUCCCGCCUCGCGAAGCCUCCAUCCGGAGCCUUGCUGCCAGGGCCUAUCACACACAGGGCCGUCACAUGACAUUAGACCCCUCCAAACAGCAGGCCCUCACACUGGGCCAUGGUGGCCUGAGCAGCCUGACCAGCUCAGGGGCCUCUGGUACAUCGGGCCCACCCUCAAGCGGGGCCGCUGGGAGCUCCAGCAUCAGCUCAGGCACAGCCACCCUGCCCCAGAGGACUCUCACCAUGCCCAGCACCUCCUCCACAUCCUCAGCCCCAAGUGGGGCAGCUGCCGCUGGAGCAGGAGCGAGUGCAAGCUCCACAGGAGGCAGCGGCCCGACGCCUGGGAGCUCCAAGGUUGGAGGAUCCAGAGACUCUCUGCUAGAGAGCAGCUCAUCCGGCCUAGGCAGACUGCAAAAGCAGAAUGCUGGGGCGUACUCCAAAUCCUACACUCUGGUGUAGCUCACACACACGUAUAGAGAUACAGUACGUUCACACCCAAACCUGGAGUCUGGGCAGGGGCGGAAAUGAACAAAGGCGGGACAGGGGGUCUCUCUCUCUCUCAUUUCCUCUCUGUUACCUUAAUUUGCUUUCCUUUUUAAUCUUCUGCUCAAGCUUUUUAUCCGGCCUUCUCCAGGAUUAAAUAUGCCAAACCCCAGGACCCUUUCCCUAAUUUUGCCUUCUUUUAUUUCUUACAUUUUUGUCCUUCUCUCUCACCUUCUUCCCCACUCGCCUUUCUCUUCUCUGUCAAAGACACCUUGGACCUUAUGCACGAAAUGCUUUCCAUGUGCACAUUUGAUUUCUCAACUUCAGAAAAUAGGGAAAAGAGGUUAAGAGAUGUAUUGUUUCACAUUAACCCAUCUAGAUGUUUUUAGGCUGUCAAAAAAGUCUCUCUUUUUUUUUUUUUUUUUUUUGUCUCACAUAACGUCAUACUGCAACGCAUUGCCUCGGAAAGCUUAUGCAUAAACAAAUCCACUACGGUGUCAACCUUCCGCCCCUCCUGAUCCACAUCGGUCUGGAAAAACAGCUCAAAGAUGAAAAGUCUUAACCGCCUGAACCGAGUCUUUGCGAUUUUUUUUUCAUGCAAUUGAUGACACAGUAUAGAGUGUUAUUGACUAUUUUGUAAACAAACAAGAAAAUCAUGAAAAAAAAUGUCUGGAGCCAUUUUCACAACGGAUGUAUGGUUACUGUACUUUUAUUAUUACUUUUUUGUUUGGUUUUCUAUUUUCAAAGUUUUGAACUUUAGCACUAAGGAGGGUCGGGUGGAUCCACCGAGCUUUCUUAAGCUUGUGUAUGCGUGGUGUGUGUGCAUGUGUAUGUAUACGUGUAAAGAUAUAUGUAUACAUGUGGUCAGCACACACCUUUAAAGGGACCUCUCAAGCAGGCCUGCGCUUGGUCUCAGCAUCGGAAAGGAAUCUGUUUGGAGAUGCCAAGUGCCACCCACUGAGCUACAAGGUUCCAAGUCCAUCUGAAAAGGGGUGAUGGGACGAAGAGAAUACUGAAAGGGU